AUGGCAGUAGAACGCAACGAACUUGAAAUGAGACGGGAAGAGCGUAAAAGGAGGGCUGAGAGGGAAGAUAAAGCGUUUGAAGUAGAAUUGGAACGAGAGAAAUAUCAGAUCUAUGUAGCUAAGCAGAGCGUACCAAAGCCUAUAAAGGUGCGAGAAAUGAGAGAAAAUGAGGAUAUAGAUGAUUAUUUUCGAAUUUUUGAGAUGACUGCUAAGCCCCUGUUAAUUUCGCAAGAUGAGUGGCUAGGUAGUUUAAUCCCCCGUUUAAGUGAAAAAGCGAAGUCUAUAUAUUUAGAAAUUGUUGGUCCAGAUGCUCAGGAUUAUAAUAAAAGUAAGGCUAUUAUUAUAUCAAGAGCAUAACAGCUUAAUGUUGACCAUUAUAGAUAUCGAUUUCGCCAUUCAGAAAAAAAGGCUGGCGAAGACUUUGGCCAGUGGGCUCACAGAACCCGUAGAUACUUGAACCGAUGGAUGACUGUGGCAGAGGCCAUAGACAACCGAGAAAAAAUAUUAGAACAAAUUGUUAUAGAACGAUUGUUAGAUGGGGUUGGCCCUGAGUUACAAGUAUGGUUGAAAGAGAGAAAGCCCAAUACCGCAGAGGAAUUGGCAAAUUUAGCGAAUGAUUAUGUACAAAGUAGAAAGGGACCCUUAAUUGAUGGUAAAUAUGUUAGUGCCAAAAGAAAUGAUAAUAAGCCUAGGAAUGAUGAUUUUUGCAAAAUGAGAGAUAAAGUUUACGAAAAUAAUAAGGGAAAUCCAGAUAAGCCAGACUUUGGGAAAUUUCGAGAUAAAUUGGACAAGUCAAGAGUUAAGUGCUUUAAUUGUCAAGAGAAAGGUCAUUAUGCGCAUGAGUGCCGAAAGAAAAAAAAACAAAAUGCCGCAUUGUUAGGAAGGGAUAUAAUACUCUUGGAAGUUACAUAG